GCCCGCGCCCCGACCCUCCGCCCCGACCCGCCCGUGCCCUGCGGCCACGUGCCCAGAAACCCCGGCCCAGCGCCGCCGGAGACCGUGAGGCCCCCACUUCAAAGGCCUCGACCCCCAGGAGCCCAACUGUUGACCCCAGGCUCAAAGUUCCUAGCCUGACCCCUGACCCUCGCCCCGGAAGUUGGGGUGACUCGGAAGUUCCGGCUCAGUCGCUAGGAAACAAGCCAGCCCGACGCAAGGGGCGGAGCUCUGAUCUCCUCGCCGAGUUGGUGAAGGCAGGUGCGGCAGGAGAAUGCACAGUAAGAAGGGGGGACCCAAAGCUGCAGCUGGGAAGUGGCAGACGCUCCACCCUGGGCCCAAGCCGAGAGCCACUGCUGGGAAGCCCGGUGAGAACCGCCCGCUGCAGAGGAAAGCGGGCCGGCAGGCAAGGGAGCCGGCGCCGGCUGAGAGCCCACAGGCCCCUCCAGGGGCUGCCGAGGACCGAGCGGAGGACCGAGCGGCCAGAGCGAUCCAGGGCGCCUUCCGGCAGCUCCGGGCCAGGAGGGAGCUCGCCCGCCGCCGGGAGGAGCGCCGGGAGUACCUGGAGCAGAUGGAGAAGCUGCAGAGGGAGGCCUACCUGGCCCUGGUGCGCCGGGAGCAGGAGGCCGCGCGGCGGCAGCGCGAGCAGGAGGAGGCGGCGCAGCGGGAGCGGCGGGAGGAGCUGCAGCGUCGCCGCCGCCUGCUGGACGCCGCCUUCGACGGGGACGUGGGCGAGAUCCGAGCGGUGCUGAAGGAGGUGGAGCAGCUGCUGACCCGCGAGGGCGUGGGCCAUGACGAGGCAGGCAAGGCGCGGCGGCUGCAGCGACGCGUGGCUCUGGUGGAGUGCGAGGACAGCCACGGGAACACGCCGCUGUCCGAGGCGGCCGCGGGCGGGCAGUCCCUGGCCAUCCAGCUGCUGGCCGAGCUCGGCGCCAGCCCCAACAGCAAGGGCGCUUUCGGUCGGACGCCACUGUACCGCGCAGCCUUUGGGGGCCACCUGGCAGCCGUGGAGGUGCUUCUGAAGCUCGGAGCAGACCCCCGGGUGUACGCAGAGGACGGGAACACCCCUGAGCAGGUGGCCUCACUGGACACCGUGGCGAGCGUGCUGCACUCGUGGGACCUGAGCCUCACGGAGGCCAUGCUCCAGAACAUGGAGGCAGAGCAGCAGCGCCGGGCCCAGGAGGCCCAGAGGCACAAGGAGGCUGAGGCCAAGCGGUGUGGCAGGCAGGAGGGGUGUGGGAGGUGCUGGCAAGGGGUGCUGGCGAGGGGCGCUGGCAGGGAGCACGGGCAGGGAGCGUGGGCAGGGGGUGCUGGCAAGGGGCGCUGGCAGGGAGCGCAGGCAGGGAGCGUGGGCAGAGAGCGCGGGCAGGGUGUGCUGGUGGGGGGGCUGGUGGCACUGGCAGGGAGUGCGGGCAGGGGGUGCUGGUGGGGGCGCUGGCAGGGAGCGUGGGCAGGGGGUGCUGGUGGGGGCGCUGGCGGAAGCCUCUGCCCCAGCUCAUUCCCGCUCCCUAGCAUGACCCUCAAGGUCCAACAGCUGGCCAGGGAGCAGCAGCAGUGUCACAAGGAGUUGCAACAGGCGUACUGUGAGCUGAGCCGGAGGAUCACAGAGCACGACCAGUGUGAGUGGAGGUGCAUGGACAAGACCAAGCUCACGCUGCAGGCCAUCAAGGACGCAGAGGCCCAGGUGGACAGGCUGCGGCAGGAGGCCCAGAAGGCCGAGGAGGCGCUGGCUAUGGCCAGACUGGAGCUGCGGGAGCAGACGCAGGAGGGGGAGGAAGAGGCGCCCGGGCUGAAGUGCCAGGUCACCGAGCUGCACGACGUGCUGAUGAAAGAUGUGGGCAACCGCAUUCGCGCCGAUGGCCGGUGGCCUCUUGUCAUUGACCCUUCGGGCCAGGCAGCCACCUUCCUGCGCUACCAGGACACCAACUAUGUGGACACAGUGAACCCGGAGCACCUGAAGCCGGAGAGGCUGCGGCUGGCUCUCCUGGGGGCUCUGCGGUAUGGGAAGCCGCUGGUGUUCGACCUGCGUGAGGUAGACCUGUUCCCAGCCGUGCAGCGGCAGCUGGAGGUGGUGCAGCCUGGCCUGGCGCAGGCACUGCUGAGCCGCGGCCUGCUGGAGCAGGAGAGGUACCUGUCGCUGCUGCGGCCCACAGAUGGGCCAGAGUAUAGCCCCACGCAGUUCCAGGAGCAGCGCCUGGAGCACUUCCGCCUCUUUUUCGUCACCAAGGUCCAGUGGCCGCCAGCCGAGCAGCUGCAGGUGCUGCUCCCGGUGCGUGUGCAGCUGCCGGGCACAGGCUUCUAGUGCUAGCCCCAAUAAAGCAUGUGCCCCAGGG